AUGGUGCUCCGCCCCUCCGAUGAUUCGUACGACACCCUGAGGAACUGGGUGCAAUCUCAGCCGUUCGCCACAGAUACUCGAUCCACGAUUGUGACUCUCGGAAAGCAAGCUGAGCCGGGGAACGGAGCGACAAAGAACACAUUGCAGUACAGUCCAAAGAACUUACGCAAGUCUUUUUGGUACAAAAGCAAGCUUCUUUACCUGCGCGCUGUCCCAGAAGAAGGGUACUUGCAUCGUGAACGGUUUCUGCUCUCCUGCAUGGGUACGUCGAACGGAAUUCUGAAAGAAUUUCUUCACGAUUGCCAGGUCACGCUGGAGAAAGAAACGGAAAGCAAGACAGCAAUUUACAUGAACAGCGAUGACCGCUGGAAUCUCGCUACGCGACGGGGUCAAAAGCGGAUAGAUACUGUCAUCCUUCCCGAGGACGUGAAAAAGGACUUCUUUGACGACAUUGCGGAGUACCUUGACCCAGUGGCCGUAUCUUGGUACGCCGAGCACGACCAGCUCUACCACCGUGGCUACUUGUUCUAUGGCGUGCCCGGAACUGGCAAAACAAGUCUCAGCUUGGCGGCUGCUGGACAGUUUGGUCUAGACGUCUACGCGAUGAACCUGUCCAAAGUCAACGAUGCGACACUGAGCGACCUAAUGCGCAAACUGCCAACACGAUGCAUCCUCCUCCUAGAGGACAUCGAUGCCAUCGAAAGCGCAAAGAGUCGUGAAAACAGCGAUGCUGGGUCGAGCACAAGCAGCAGCGUGACACUCUCUGGUCUUCUCAACGCGAUUGAUGGCGCAGGUUCCGUGGAGGGUAUCUGCCCUUGUCUAGCAAGACCGAGAGAGUAG